AUGUCGUGGAGAAACCAGGGAAUUACGGGUUCCAACAACAUCCCUCUCGGGAAGCGCCGUUUCGGUGGCGACGAUGAGGAGCCUGAAGCCUACAGCAACGGCAACGGCAAUGGCGAGCUGAAGCGCGGUCGCAGCCCAGAGCCUCGCACCGACGGCGAUGGACCUCGACGCCGAAAGAAGAGAAACCGCUGGGGCGACGCGUCGGAGAACAAGGCUGCCGGCCUGAUGGGCCUGACGACGGCCAUCACGGCGAACAUGACGGGCGAGCAGCUCGAGGCCUACACUCUGCACUUGCGUAUCACGGAGAUCAGCCAGAAGCUUCGUAUCGACGACGUCGUCCCCGCGGAUGGAGACAGAUCCCCCUCUCCGCCUCCGCAGUACGACAACCACGGUCGCCGUAUCAACACCCGCGAAUACCGAUACCGCAAGCGCCUCGAAGAUGAGCGCCACAAGCUCAUCGAGAAGGCCAUGAAAACCAUUCCUAACUACCACCCGCCGCAGGAUUACCGCAGGCCCACCAAGACCCAAGAAAAGGUCUACGUGCCUGUUAACGACUAUCCAGAGAUUAACUUCAUUGGCUUACUUAUCGGACCCCGUGGCAACACUUUGAAAAAGAUGGAAACAGAAUCAGGCGCCAAGAUUGCCAUUCGUGGCAAAGGCUCCGUCAAGGAGGGAAAGGGUCGUUCCGACGCCGCCCACGCCAGCAACCAGGAGGAGGACCUGCACUGUCUCAUCAUGGCCGACACAGAGGAGAAGGUCAACAAGGCCAAGAAGCUCAUACACAACAUCAUUGAAACGGCCGCCUCGAUUCCCGAGGGACAGAACGAGCUCAAGCGUAACCAGCUUCGUGAGCUCGCUGCUCUCAACGGUACACUCCGAGACGACGAGAACCAGGCCUGCCAGAACUGCGGUCAAAUCGGUCACCGCAAGUACGACUGCCCCGAGAGACAAAACUACACUGCCAGCAUCAUUUGCCGUGUCUGUGGCAACGCAGGACACAUGGCCAGAGAUUGUCCCGACCGCCAGAAGGGUGCCAGCUGGCGUAACGAUGGCAGCGCCCCCGGUGGCAGACCUGCCGGUCGUAUUGGAGGCGGAGAUGCCGUCGACCGCGAGUACGAGCAACUCAUGCAAGAACUCGGCGGCGGCUCCUCCAGCGGUGCCGCUCCUGCGCGCAUCGAGGCCGGCCCUGGCUCGUACAAUAACGGCCCCAGCGGCGACGCGAAGCCCUGGCAACGUGGUCCCACUGGUGGUCCUGCUCCCUGGCGCAGCCGUAACAACGACUCGCGAGACGAUCGUGACCGCGACGGUGGUGGUGGCGGCGGCGGCGGCGCUGCUCCUUGGGCUCGUGACCGUGGCAGCCGCCGUGAUGAACACGGUGGAAACGGCGGCGACAGCUACUACGGCCAGGGCUACGGUGGCCAGUCCUCUGGUGCCGCUCCCGGUGCCGCCCCUUGGCAUCAACCUCCUGGAACGCAGAACAACGGCUAUGGUGGUGGCUACGGCGGCUACGCUGGAUACGGUGCCCCUCCUGGCAUGAGUGCUCCCGCGGGUAUCCCGCCUCCUCCCCCCGGCGCUCCCGGUCUCGGUGCUCCUCCUGGUCUGGCCGGUGGUCUGAACGCGCUCAUUCAGCAGUAUGCCGGUGGUGCCCCCCCUCCACCUCCCUCCGACAAUGCUCCUCCUCCGCCCCCAAGCGACCAACCUCCCCCGCCUCCCCCGGGUGCUUGA